AUUGGAUCAUACUUUUUAGUGAAAGGUUUAAUAAAAUAUUUCUCAUGUUUUUGUUCUGUUUUUGCUGCUGGCACCUGCUCGGUGUGUUUGGUGAGUCAGUGUCAGUGAUGGAGGGAGAUUCUGUCACUUUAAACUCUAAUGUUACUGAAAUACAUGAAAACAAUGACGUACUGUGGACUUUUGGUACUAUAAAAUCUCUCAUAGCUAGAAUAAGAAAAACCAAUCACAUCUCCUCCAUGUAUGCUCAUAUUGAUGAGAGAUUCGGAGACAGACUGAAGCUGGACAGUCAAACUGGAUCUCUGACCAUCACAAACAUCACAACUCAACACGCUGGACUCUAUAAAGUAGAGAUAAGUGGAGCAAGAUCAUCAUCAAAAACAUUCAUUGUUUCUGUCUAUGCUCUUCUGCCUGUUCCUGUCAUCAGCAGUAACUCUUCAUCAUCAUGUUCUUCAUCUUCAUAUUGUUCAUUGUUGUGUUCAGUGGUGAAUGUGGGUCAUGUGACUCUCUCCUGGUACAAAGGAAACAGUUUAUUGUCCAGCAUCAGUGUGUCUGAUCUCAGCAUCAGUCUCUCUCUACCUCUGGAGGUGGAAUAUCAGGAUAAAAACACCUACAGCUGUGUGCUCAACAAUCCCAUCAGCAACCAGACGAGACAUCUGAACAUCACUCAACUCUGUCAUGCAUGUGAAGAUCAGAGCCUACCAUUAUUGUACAAAGUGUUGAUUUCUGCUGCUGGAUCUCUGUUGGUUGUAGCUGCAGUCGUGAUGUGCUGCAUCUGCAAGAAACUUAGAAAAAUUGACAGAGAAGUUCAGACGUGUGAAGAAAUGAUCACUUAUGCUGAGCCAAUGUUCAUCAAAAGAAAAGCACAAAUGAAAAUCAAAGAGGAGACUCACGUGGAAUAUGCAUCUGUCGCCAUAAGAGUAUGAUCAAACCUUUUCUAAGUACCAGAUCCAGCUGUGUGAUUGCUUUCACUCAAACGUUUGUAUUGUUGAGUUUUGGGAUUGGUGAGAAUCACCAGAUGUAUUCAUUAAAAAAUUCAUAUAGAUGACAUGAUAUCGGAACACAAAUGAGGUUAUUUUUAAUGUCAUAUCUUUUAAUUUGGUCCAUCCAUUAAAAGUCUAUUUUGAAGCUUCAGAAAGUAAAUACAGACUUGCCUGAUGUGCAGAAAUGAUCCUCACUGUUUCUUGCAAAUCAAGCAUGCAGGUUUGAGCUUCUAUGUUUAGCAUAUUUGAUGAGCUCUAUGUAUGUGCAUCAGUCAGUGUUUACACGUGAAUAAAAGCCCAAUGUUUUUAUAAACUAUUUGAAGCUUGAAGAGGUUAGUUGUGUGGACUUUCAAUGGAUAAUGUAAAAUGACGAGAGAAUAUUAAACACACCUUCAUGU